UGACAGACACUAACGGAACGAUGGAAGGCAAAGAUGAGAAGCUUCUUGCCAGAAAAAGGAGUUUCACAUUCGGAGCUUAUGGAGGGACUAACAAAUUCAUUAGUGCCAGUGAGAGCAGUCAACCAGAAUCCACACAGCACCACAUUCAUGAGACCCUGGACUCUCCUUCCAGUGAGACCAAACCUUUUACUUCUACCAACCCAAGUCAGAAGGUGACUGAGCUGUUUGAGAUCAUCGAAAAACUGCAGGGCAGCAGGCUGGAGGAGCAACGCUGUGAGUUCCCACCACCUCUUAAGUCUCCAUUGUUGAACAUCAGGGGUGACUUACCCCUCAUCCUGUCUCCCAAAUCGGGUGGGUACUGGAUUGACCCCCCACUGGAGCGGAACAUGGAGACGAGUCCCACUGCCCCCUUGGCGGCGGAUGACCCGGAUAGCUACGACAUCAUGGAGCGGGACAGGGAGGCGAAGAUCUACCAGGAGUUUUUCCGACGCAGGUAUCAUCAGUCCUUCACUGCUGUAGACCCCAGUGUAGGACCACUGGUCCUGUCCGUCUGUCUGGAGGAGGAGGACAAUAGAUUUAGGGUGAUUCUGAGGACGAAUGAGUGCUCUCUGCAUGGGACAUUCUCCACCUCUCUGUUCCAGCACCUCCCCACGGCUGUGGAACUUGCUAAGAUGCUGUGUGCUGGUGUGACUGUUUCAAGCUUUGAAGUUGUCAGCUACCUAAAGGCUCCAGAGCUUAUAACAGCCUUUGACCAACACCGAGUGUCUCACACCUUUAAGUUUGGUGUGUUAUAUCAGAGGGAGGGGCAGUUAACGGAGGAGGAGAUUCUCAGCAACAGUGAGGAGAGUGAAGAGUUUAAGGAUUUUCUCUGCAUACUUGGCCAAACUGUCAAGUUGCGAGGAUUCACUGGAUUCAGGGGGGGUCUGGAUGUGUCCUAUGGCCAGACAGGAAGUGAAGCAGUCUUCACUUCCUUCCAUGGGAGAGAGAUCAUGUUCCAUGUAGCCACCAAACUGCCCUUCACAGAUGGUGACACACAGCAGCUUCAGAGGAAAAGGCACAUUGGGAAUGACAUCGUCGCCGUGGUCUACCAGGAGGGCCACGCCCCUUUCAUCUGUGAUGUCAUCAGCUCCCACUUCCUGCACUGUUUCAUCGCCGUAAGGAAGGUGAAGCAAGAGAAGGGGGCAGAUAAGACAGAUGGAAGAGGGGAGGGGUCUUUUCAGGUGUCCGUCACAGCCCGGGAGGAUGUGCCUCCGUUUGGCCCUCCUCUUCCCAGUCCUCCAAUUUUCACAGAGGGUUCUGUGCUACGGGAGUUUCUCUUGACAAAACUCAUUAAUGCAGAGAUUUCAUGCUACAAGGCAGAGCGGUUCAGUAGAUUAGAGUUGCGCACACGUUCCUCACUCUUGGAGGCCCUACGAUCAGAGUUGUCCAACCGCUCACAGUGCAUGCUGGGAGAACCCACGCAGGUAGUCCCGCCUCCAGGUGAAGGUGGCAGGGCUCUGGCAGAAGGCGGUGGAGGAUUCAUCGAAAACUUUAAGAGAGCUAUUAGAGUGCGCAGUCACUCUUUUGACACUUUGGGAGCAGUAAAGAAAACAGGAGCCCCAAAACAAAAGGAUGGAGACAGUGAGCCAGGUCACAGGUCUUCUGCUCACGUCCUUGACAACACCGAAGUCAAAUGUCACACCAGCCCUCAAGAUGUGUAG